AUGUCAGGCUCUCUUCCUGCUGGACACAUCUGGUUCUAUCUUGAAUCGCUUCCAAAUCACCCCGAUGCGCUCUUUCUUGAGAUCCCUUUAGCGCGAAUUGAAAAACCUUGCCUUAACUCUUCCAUGUACCUGCGCUUUUUUGCGUAUGCCAUCCUGGCACUUGACGGUGUUGUCCGUGAUGCCACUGGUACAUUGAUGAUUGCCGAUAAUGCGCAACUUGAAGAAUACAGAUCUACGUCUUCAGUCUAUGUCAGUCGUGUUUCACUCUCUUGUCCGCUGUUCUCAGUAUUGUCUCCAGCCACUGCAGUCGCUGCGGAGGAACUUGCCGCAGGUCGAGCCAAUGUAGAGGUGGUCAAGCAACGUAGUAAUUCUAGCUGUGGGACCGAGUCUACUCGUGCGGACGAGUGUCAUGACACUAUCUUUACGCGAGAUGGCAUAUCCCUUGUCAAUGAAGUCCCUGAUACUGAUAUGCUUGCACAAGCUUUACAUAUUGUAGCCUAUGCACGGGGUACACCGUGGCUCCUACACCUCAUUAGUAUGCGUAGAGGAUUUGAAGACUGCGAAGGCGUAGAAAACUUGGAGAACAUUGACGUUCCUAGAAAUGGCUUCUGUGGACAGUUUACACUUCAUCCGUAUUAUGAUUGUCAUACUCCAAAUCAUGUCCCUCAAACAAAUGAUGUACCAUCUUCACCCCUCUGCAAUCGCCGUGACGAAUCUCCUCCCUCUGAUUCACGAUACACACUUCAAUUUCUAGAUGAUAAUCCCAUAUUUGAGCAGAACUAUAUACCGAAAAAUACCGACGGUGCUUCCCACCGUGGUCAUAAUUCAUCGUUCCGUCCCUUUACUUUCCUUCUCCAUUAUCGCUAUGGUCCCUCGGCUCUUAUACACAAGGCAACUGUCCCUGUAGGUCGGUCUAUGAAGCUUCGACAUGACCGGGCAAAAGAGAGGAAGCGUAAGCAGUCUGAACGACAGGAAGGAGCAAUGGACAACUUCACUCUUUGGACAAUCAAGGCGGUCUUUGAAGCCUACGAUCCUCUCGAUGUGUUGAAGAUGAUUUUGCCAUGGUACGAUAACGAAAUUGAGGAGGCUUUCGACUAG